GUGUCUGAGGCUGGAUUUGAACUCCUGAAGAUGAGUCUUCCAGAUUCCAAGCCCAGAUUUUAGAGGCGUGCUGUACUAAAUAUCCUAUUCGGCUUAGUUUUCCAGGGUCUGGCAUUUAUUAGCUUUAUGAUCCUAAGCAAGUUGUUUAACCUUUAGUUACUUCAGGCAAGCCUUAGGAUAAAUUUAUUUUGUAAUCUGCAUCAGUGGAGAGAGCUUCCACAUAAUGGGUUAUGUAUGCCUAGGAAAUCGUAUAUCCUUCACCUGUAUUGAUAUGCUCAGAAAAUAAAUCUUAUGAAUUAUUUUAAAAAUACAAUCUUGAAAAAGGCUAAAGAUGUUUGAUAGUAUAGACAUGGAAUCAUUCAAGCCUUAAAUAGGGAAAGUUAGACUGGAAUAACUCAGGAAACUGAGAAACAAUAUAUCGAUUACCUAUUUCUGUUUAUACUUUAACAGAACAAAUUGUUUAAAAGUUAUUGUACCUUCAUAAUGGACUAGUAAUGAAAUAAGGCUGUUUACACUUUGUAAGUACAGCCAUUUCCCACCAGGAAGUCAUACUUUUCAAAGUAGUAAUAGUACUGCUAAUAAAAGCAUAAAGCCCUAAUAGAAAAAAUAGCUUUGAGAAUAGUAGUAUUUACAAAAUUUUCAGUUUUCUCUAAAUUUUUUUCUAACGUGGGAAAUGAAACUGGAGAGGAGGCGUGGUAGGAUAGAAAGAGCACAGUUGUUUAGGAGUCAGACAGCCUAACCCUAGACUUUACUCUGCCACUAACUCAACAGUGUGGUCUUGGGCAGAUCAUCUCUCUGAGCUUCACUUUCCUUAUCUGUGAAGUGAGUGAUUAAGUUAAAUUAUUUCUGAGGUCUUUGAAAGUCAAAAGUUCUUUAAUAUUAAUAUCUCUUCAACUCAGGAUUUAAGAUAAUCAAAAAGCGUUACCAUCUUCUAGGUUAAUAGCCCUAUUCUGAAGUGCCAGAUGUGAUUUGCACUUUGAUUUGUUAUAUUCCUUUGUUUGAAAAUCAAAUACAGUAAGUGGUCACUCAAGAACAAGAAGAUGUGCUGAUUAAAAUAUGAAGUUAUGAUUAUUGGCUAAACUUGUCUUGGUCAUGAAUAGAAGGAAGGCUUCCUUCCUGACCAGCAAAAAAUCUUAAAUAUUACUUUUUUACAUAAAAAAUAAUUAGAUCUUAUUAUAGUGUGGCACUAUGUGCUCUGUCUAAUAUUGUAGAACUAAUAAUAUGGUUAGAAUGUAUAUUAACUCUUGUUGAUUUUUUCCCCCAGCAACACAGAUACAAGUAUCACCUUCGUUCUUUCCUUCUCUCCCUCCCCAUCCCCAACCCCCACACACUUUCUGAGUUGCUUGGGUGAAAAUUUUACAUGAAAGCCAACUUUUUAGUAGUGAGCCUCUCUAGCUAGUCUGGUCCUCAAAAGGAAGACAGAGACAUAGUACAUCACCAAACUUUUCUCAAUUUUUUUUCCAGUUUGUUAAGAGUUGCCAGAACUUGCCCUCCAAAAUCUUUGAUUAACCUUCUUACAGGAAUGAAACAUUGAAGUAGGAUUUUAGGGGAGAAAAAUGUACACUAAAUUUUAUUUUAAUUGAAUUUCUUUUUUUUUCUAAGAGUAAGUUGAAGAUUAAAAAGAGAACUUUAACUUCCUGUAAUUUCAUCUUAUUUAGUUUUUCUGCAGAGUAUUUAGCUUUCUUCAAAGUUCAGUCGAAUGCCCUUUCUAAUGACUUCUGGCCACUUCACUAAUAGACCAAUUUCCAAGAAACAGUGAAUUACAAAAUGGAGCUGGAUGAGCUUGCUGAUGAUCGUAUGGCACUGGUGUCAGGCAUCAGCCUAGAUCCAGAAGCAGCAAUUGGUGUAACAAAACGGUUACCUCCCAAAUGGGUUGAUGGAGUAGAUGAAAUACAAUAUGAUGUUGGCAGAAUUAAACAGAAGAUGAAAGAAUUAGCCAGUCUUCAUGACAAGCAUUUAAACAGACCUACAUUGGAUGAUAGCAGUGAAGAAGAACAUGCCAUUGAAAUAACCACGCAAGAAAUCACGCAGCUGUUUCAUAGAUGUCAGAGAGCAGUGCAGGCCUUGCAAAGCAGAGCACGAAGCUGUACUGAACAGGAAGAACGAGUCCUCCGAAAUGUAGUAUCCUCUUUAGCUCAGAAUCUUCAGGAAUUAUCCACUAAUUUUAGACAUGCACAGUCUGGCUAUCUCAAACGCAUGAAGAAUCGAGAGGAAAGAUCCCAGCAUUUUUUUGACACAUCAGUACCACUCAUGGAUGAUGGAGAGGAUAACACUCUUUAUGAUCGGGGUUUUACAGAUGACCAGUUAGUGUUGGUAGAACAAAAUACAUUAAUGGUUGAAGAGCGAGAGCGAGAAAUUCGCCAGAUUGUACAGUCUAUUUCUGACCUAAAUGAAAUAUUUAGGGACUUAGGAGCAAUGAUUGUAGAACAAGGGACAGUCCUUGAUAGAAUUGACUAUAAUGUUGAACAAUCCUGUAUCAAAACUGAAGACGGUUUGAAACAGCUUCAAAAGGCAGAGCAGUAUCAAAAGAAGAAUCGGAAGAUGCUUGUUAUUUUAAUUUUAUUUGUAAUAGUUAUUGUCCUUAUUGUUGUACUAGUUGGUGUAAAGUCACACUAGGUAACUCUGCGUGUGAGAGAGAGAGAGAGAGAGAGUGUGUGUGUGUGUGUGUGUGUGUGUGUGUGUGUGUGUGUGUGUGUGUGUGAAUUUUCCCAGUGUGAAUGAGUGGACCUUUAUUUCUGAAAGCUGCCUUUGAAUGUAUAACCCUCAGUGGUACAAGUCUGUGCAAUGUUUCCAUAGAUUCUUUUUCAUAAAUCAUGUUUCAGUGAUAGGAAUGGUUUAGUUUUUGCCAACAGAGAAUUUCAAGUCAAAUGAUGAUGCUACCAAAUAGAAAUUGAGUUCUGUAUCCAGACAUUCACAGUAUUUUUUUAAAAUUGAAAAUAUGAGGGAUUGAAAGUUUACAAGCACAGGCAAAAGCUGUUAAAAUAUAUGUAUAUGCUUUUUAGCAGUCAUAUGUCUGAGUUGCAUGUUCAAAAUACUUUUUGAAAUUGAGGUUGGGGGGAGGUGUUUUUUUUUUUAAACCAUGUGUUUUUAAAGUGAUUUGGAACCAAAAAGUGUGGUUGGAGGUCAAAUGCCUUAAACAGUGGAUUCUAGGUAUUUAACAUCUUCAUUUUCCUCCACAGAUUAUCCAUAUUAAAAUAAAUUAAGGCCUUUAAAAAUUUAGAAUUCAUUCCCCUUUAAUGUAAUGUAGUUUUCCAUCAUUGCUAAUGAUCAGGUUAAUAAAGUUUGGAUACUAAGAAACAAUCAUGGAUACAAAUACAUUUAGCUGCUAGUUAAACAGCUUCAUGUAUUUAAAUGAAUUAGUCUAUGUGUGUCCUUCAUUUUAGAAUUUCUGCACUAUAUUUUUUUACUGUAAACCACAUGGUGUUACUGUUUAUAGCUACCCAAGCUGAAAAUUUGAUGCUAUGAAUUAAAAUCAUAGUUAAAAGGAAGCUCCUCAGUUAUUCUUAUUCAUUCCAUUAUUUAAUAUACCAGCUAUAGGAUGACUUUCAAAUCAGGAUCUCUUUAAUCAAUUAGCAGUUUAGCCCUGUUGAGUUACCAAAGUACAAUUCAACCAUGGAUCACUAACGGAACGUGUGCUGUCAGUGGUUAUUACCUAAGAGCUAGGUUCAUUUUAAAGUACUAUAAAAAUCUUGACCAAGACAUUUUCUUAUCUAUGUGUGGCAGAUUUCUAAAGGAGGACUUCAUAGUUGUACUUACUUUUGUUGAUAUGGUGCUGUCAAAUACUACGGAAUCAUAGAACGAUGUGAUGAGUGAUGACUUUGGAGAAUUAAAUUCUUCAUGUUCUAAUUGGUCCUGAAAUGACUGUACAAUUUUAAAGGUUUUCACCUAAUGGAGUAUUUAUAUGACCCUUAUUUAUUCUGUACUUAUUUUCUUGAAGGUUUAAAAACAGUAUAAUUCCAAUUGAGUUGGGUUUUUUUUUUACUAGUAACAUGAAAUGUUCUCCAUAGAAUUGACUUUGAAGUUAUUCCCAGAAACUUAAACUCAGGUUUAGAGUGCAGUAAUAUUAUAUGUGUGACUAAAUCAUAAAAUUAGAUCUUAUAUUUAGCAUUAUAAACCUUUGCCCUAUCCACUCCCAUUUCACUCCUAAAUUGUUUAUGGAUAUAGUCAACCACUCAUUAGAUUGCCUUUUGACUAAGGUGACAAUAGAACACAUGUUGUACCUGACAUUCCAGGAAAUAGCAUCUUUUGAAAUGUGGCCAUGAUUCUUCUAUAAUUCUUCCUUCAUAGAUAGCUUUUUUGUUAUGGAAGAACUGCCAUUACCCCAAAACUUGGAGCUUCUUUCAAUUUCUAGAAUAACUAUUCUUUAGUUUAUUAGACAUGGUGUUUAAGGUGACCGUUGUUGGAAAUUCUGCUUUUGGACAUGAAACCAGUUUGAUGGAAAAUUCUCCUAAAAGAUACAGACCACAAGAACAUUUCUUGGAAUACUUGUGAAGCUUGUUUCUGUGCAUUCAUCUGUCUAUAAAGUCAAAUCACAGUAGUCUUUAAAGAAAAUAGCUCAUUUAAGAAAUAAAAACCAUUUAUUUUCAGAGAGUAGGAUUUUUUCCCCAAUAUGGAUUCACGAAGUAAUCAGGAUUUCCCAUUUUUAAAAUAUUCCUGAUGUGACAGGGAGGGAAAGCCAUUUCCUUUAGACUUUGUGAAAACUAGGAUAAAAACUAAAGUGUCAACUGCUUGAUUGUGUCUGGCUUCAGAAAGAGGCAAAAUAGUCACAUGGCAGGGAAUAAAUUAGAAUUUGGCCUCAAGAACUAGUGGGUUUCAUUGUAGGCAAAUGAAAAAAAUUUUUUCCAGUAUACCCUGGACAUCAGAAUACUUUAUAUGCUACUAAGCCUGUACUUGAGGAAAAAUUACUUAUAAUUUGGGCAGUAAAAUAAAACUAUCUUGUACUAGUGAAUCAAAAUAAUAUUUUUUCCUGCAAAAUGAGAUGGCAUUAAUCAUCUUCAUUACUUUUUAACAACCAUUUUCUGUAUUAAAAUUAGCCUAUCUGAUUUCUAGCUUCCAUGUUGAAGUUGGGCACAAUUGACUGCCACAAAGAAUAAGACAUUCUUUUGCCUAGAAUUGAUUGAUUUCUUUUGGUUGGGAUUGAUGACAUAUAGGUUAUGCUUAUUCUGUCCUGUACCCAGCCUCAGGGUGAAAGCUUAAUUCGUUGCUUAGGGUAACUCAUCAGUUUCAUUGACUGACACUUUUAAAGUUAAAGAAAAAUUGGAGAGGGGGCGCCCAAAUAAUGUUUUGUUUGACUCUUAUCCAGUGUUGAUACCGAUGCUUUCCAAGAUGGUAAAUGAAACUACUGUCUCCGUUUUGUGGUGUUACUGGUUACACCAUGCAGUGUAAAGCAGUAUGUUGCUCUGAUUUAACGUAUUUACGUCUUUCUUUACUAAUUGAGAGUCUUUAUUUAUUUGUCUUGACACAAGUACUUUUGAUGUUUUUAUCCUAGCUAAUGAUUUCUUAAAGGUAAUAAAAGCCUUACAACUUGA